UCUCCAUCACAUAUUCUCUGCUGUGCGAAAAAUCAAAAGACAAAAUGAGUUAUUCAAGUUCUUCCAAGUUUCCCUUGCUUAUGCCUCUUAUGGUUGCCUGUCUUAUUAUGGCAGCAUCUGGUAGCAACUUCCACAACGAUUUUGACAUCACAUGGGGAGAUGGGCGAGGUAAGAUUGUCAACAAUGGCGAGGUUCUCACUCUCUCCCUCGAUAAACAAUCUGGUUCUGGUUUCCAAUCCAAGAAUGAGUAUCUUUUUGGCAAGAUUGAUAUGCAGCUCAAGCUUGUCCCUGGAAACUCUGCCGGCACUGUCACUGCAUACUAUUUAUCAUCAAAAGGAACAACGUGGGAUGAAAUUGAUUUCGAGUUCCUUGGAAAUCUAAGUGGUGACCCUUAUAUUCUACACACAAAUGUGUUCAGUCAAGGAAAAGGCAACAGAGAACAACAAUUCUACCUCUGGUUUGACCCAACUACAGAUUUCCAUACUUAUUCCAUCCUAUGGAAUCCAGAACGCAUCAUCUUCUCCGUGGAUGAUACACCCAUUAGAGAGUUCAAAAACAUGGAGUCGAUUGGUGUCCCAUUUCCCAAGAACCAGCCCAUGAGAAUUUACUCCAGCUUGUGGAAUGCUGAUGACUGGGCCACAAGGGGUGGUCUGGUUAAGACCGACUGGACCCAAGCUCCUUUCACUGCCUCGUACAGGAACUUCAAUGCCGAUGCUUGUGUGUGGUCCAAUGGAGCUUCCUCCUGCAAAUCAAAUGCCCCAUCUUCUUCUACAUCAACAAACAAUGCAUGGUUGUCUCAAGAGAUGGAUUCAGCAAAGCAGCAAAGGCUACAAUGGGUGCAGCAGAAUUACAUGAUCUACAAUUACUGCACUGACGCCAAGAGAUUUCCUCAAGGUCUACCUUCAGAGUGCAAGAUGUCUUAAGGACUAGAAGAGAAAAUUAGAGAUGGUAUUAUGUUAGUCUUAGAGAUCAUCAAUAUUCAAUAUUCUUUCAAUUUUUAUUUUUAUUUUUUCUUUUUUUUUCUUAAAACCAAGUGGUGAUUCUUUUUCAUCUUUGAGAAUUCUCAUUGCUUUGUACGUGAUACAUGAUUAAUUUAAUUCCCCUUUCAAAA